UCUAAGAGAUUCGGCUACCGCCAUUUUGCUAGCGCCAGCCUGCCGAGCACACGAAAGCGGCGGCCGGCGAAGCGGAAAGGGACAGGGUUCGCCUAGCUCCUCCCUCGCUGAAGCAGAGAGGCGGGGACAAAGCGCCACCAAGCCGGGCCGGUGGGGGCGGCGAGCUCGAGUGCGGCCCGGCUAUGUCGGCGUUCUCGGAGGCAGCGCUGGAGCGGAAACUGUCGGAGCUGAGCAACUCGCAGCAGAGCGUGCAGACCCUGAGCCUCUGGCUCAUCCACCACCGCAAGCACUCGGCGCUUAUUGUCAGCGUGUGGGAGCGGGAGCUACGAAAAGCAAAACCAAAUAGGAAACUGACAUUCCUGUACUUGGCCAAUGAUGUCAUACAGAACAGCAAAAGGAAAGGACCAGAAUUUACAAAAGACUUUGCUCCAGUAAUAGUGGAAGCUUUUAAGCAUGUUUCAAGCGAGUCUGACGAGAGUUGUAAGAAACACCUUGGCCGAGUGCUCUCUAUCUGGGAAGAAAGGUCUGUUUAUGAAAAUGAUGUAUUAGAACAACUUAGGCAAGCUUUGUAUGGAGACAGAAAGGUGAGGAAGCGCACAUAUGAACAGAUAAAAGUUGAUGAGAAUAACUGUUCACCUCGAAGUUCUCCCACUGAACCUCCACAGACCACAGAUCUCAUUAGAGCAUUACAAGAACUAGAAAACGCUGCCUCUGGGGAUGCAGCAGUUCAUCAGAGAAUAGCUUCUUUGCCUAUAGAGGUCCAAGAUGUGUCACUGUUAGACAGAAUAACAGAUAAGGAAUCUGGAGAGCAGCUUUCCAAAAUGGUAGAUGAUGCAUGUAUGUUGCUGGCGGAUUACAAUGGCAGGUUGGCAGCUGAAAUAGAUGAUAGAAAACAGCUAACUCGAAUGUUGUCAGACUUUCUCCGAUGUCAAAAAGAAUUCCUUGCAGAGAAGGAACAUAAGCUGGAAGAGUACAAACGCAAGCUGGCCAGAGUGUCCCAAGUACGGAAGGAGCUCCGGUCGCGCAUCCAGAACCUGCCCGAUCUCUCCCGGCUUCCCAACGUCACGGGCAGCCACGUACACCUCCCCUUUGCGGGAGACAUCUACAGCGACGAUUGAUUACAAGAGCACCCUUCCACAACCUCUACUUUUCUGUGAAAUGAGGGGUAGGUCAGACUGAUUGGUAUUCUUGUAGUAUUAUUUUUGUAUAUUGUUGGAGACUGUCAGUAAAAGAACUAAUAAUUUAUAAACAAAAAAAUGGUUUAAAAAGUUGAUUUGUUUACUAUUUUAUUGGCAAGUGAACACGAGGGUACAUUUAUAAAAGUGGCAUCUAUGUCUAUUACAUUGAAGAAUAGAUAAUUAUCUUAUCUUUUGUAAAGAUUUUAGUUGAGUGCCCUGUAAAACAACACGCUAAGAAUUUUUUCUUGUGUGCCCUGUAUUUAAUGUAGAUCAACACAGAACCCGCACAUACGUCUAACUUGAAACCUUUCAGUUGCUAGUGAGGGAGUGAAAUGUGGAAGUCAGCAGCUCAUGUUUGCAAGAAGCUUGAUGCAAUUUAAUGCAAAGGUCAAAGUGAUCUUUCUGUCCAUUACAUUUAAAUUACCUCCUCCCCAAAGAAGUCAGGUGGGGUUUUGUUAAGUUAACGUCGGUAGCUGGUUUUUGUAUUGGAAAACUCCAAACGUGUUACACUGAGUAGCUCUUUAAAUGAUUUGGGAUAC